CUUUGCGUCACGCUGUACGCACGAAAGUUUCAAGGGAAUCGACCUGUCAACUCCGUCCAACCAGACCACAUUUACAUUGAGCGUCACCGGGCCAGUGAGUGAGUGUGGACUGGAGCAUGGGCGACACUCUUGAGUUUAACGAGAUCUACCAGGAGGUCAAGGGAUCCUGGAAUGAUGGCCGGCUGCGCUUCAGCAAGCAGACGGUGGUGUACAAGAACGGCAAGACGGGGAAAGUGGACAGCAUCCCCGUGCAGGAGCUGACCGAGGCCCAGUGGAGACGAGUGUGCCUGGGCAACGGCAUUAUGCUGGCCACAAGCACAGGAAACAUUUAUAAGUAUGACGGUUUCAGAGACUCUGAUUUUGAAAAGUUACAAGAGUACUUCAAGGCCAACUACAAAGUUGAACUGACAGAGAAAGAAAUGAGUGCAAAAGGCUGGAAUUGGGGAUCAGCAAGGUUUGGUGGCCCUCUGUUGUCAUUUGAUGUGGGCGACAGCCCGGCGUUUGAGAUCCCCCUGGCCAGCGUGUCCCAGUGUACUACGGGGAAGAACGAGGUCACGCUGGAGUUCCACCAGAACGAUGACGCAGAGGUCUCGCUCAUGGAGGUCCGCUUCUAUGUUCCACCCAGCACAGGAGAUGACGGCAUGGACCCUGUAGAGGCCUUUUCUCAGAAUGUCCUUUCGAAGGCGGAUGUGAUCCAGGCAACUGGAGACGCAGUCUGUGUCUUUAAGGAACUGCAGUGCCUCACUCCCAGAGGAAGGUAUGAUAUCCGCAUCUACCCCACCUUCCUGCAUUUGCACGGCAAGACCUUUGACUACAAGAUCCCGUACACUACCGUGCUGCGUCUCUUCCUGCUCCCCCAUAAAGACCAGAGGCAGAUGUUCUUUGUGAUCAGCCUGGAUCCUCCCAUUAAGCAAGGUCAGACGCGCUACCACUUCCUGAUCCUGCUAUUCUCCAAGGAAGAGGACCUCCAUCUCACCCUGAAUAUGAGCGAGGAGGAGGUUGAGCGGCGCUUCGAGGGGAAACUCAGUAAGCACAUGUCGGGCUCUCUAUACGAGAUGGUGAGCAGAGUCAUGAAAGCACUGGUCAACAGGAAGAUUACAGUACCAGGAAACUUUAAAGGCCACUCCGCAGCCCACUGCAUUACCUGCUCCUAUAAGGCCAGCUCUGGGCUGCUGUACCCACUGGAGCGCGGUUUCAUCUACGUCCACAAGCCGCCAGUGCACCUGCGCUUCGAGGAGAUCUCCAGCGUCAACUUCGCCCGCGGCACCACCACUACACGGUCCUUCGACUUCGAGAUCGAGACCAAGCAAGGCGGCCAGUACACCUUCAGCAGCAUAGAGAGGGAGGAGUAUGGCAAAUUGUUUGACUUUGUUACCUCAAAGAAAUUGACCGUCAAGAACCGUGGCUUCAAAGAGGGCAUGAAGGCGACCAAAGAGGACAUGUACAGCAACUCGGACGACGACCAGCACGAUGCCUACUUGGAGCGCAUGAAGGAGGAGGGCAAGAUCAGAGAGGAGGGCAACGACAGCGAGAGCUCCGAGGGAGAGAGCGAUGAGUCUUUUAACCCUGGAGAGGAGGAUGAUGACAUAGCCGAAGAGUAUGACAGUAAAGCAUCGGACAGUGGCAGUGGAACAGGUGAUGAAGAGAGUGAGAAAGAGGAGAAGGACCGCAAGAAGAAGGCCGCCAAGAAAGGCAAAGGGCCGAAGGAGAGAAAGCCUCACAAGAAGGAGAAAAGGUCAAAGGACUCGGGCGCGCCCAAGAGACCCAUGAGUGCCUACAUGCUGUGGCUGAACGCGAGCCGAGAGCGGAUCAAGAGCGAGAACCCCGGCAUCUCCAUCACAGAGAUCUCCAAGAAGGCAGGGGAGAUGUGGAAGAAAAUCACCACGGAUACAAAAAAGGAGUGGGAGGCCAAAGCGGAGGAGGCCAAGAGGAACUACGAGGUGGCCAUGAGGGAGUACAGGGAGAGUGGAGGUGGAGGAUCUCCCAGCACCUCCAAAAGAGAGAGGAAAAGGAAAGGAGGAAGGAGUGAUGACAAGAAGAAGACCAAGAUGGCGGGUCGUGACAGGGAGCGCUCCACUGGUGGCGACUACAAGAGCCGCGAGUUCAUCUCGAGCGAGGACAGCUCGUCAGAAUCCGAUGGUGGCAAGAAGGGCCACAAGCGCAAGUCAUCUGGCACGCCAUCCACACUGUCGUUUCCUCCUCAGGCGGCGGAUGAGGAAGAGGAGGUGGCUACCACCCCUCCAAGCUCUGAGGAUUCUGCAUCCGGAUGAGAGACUACGGGAAGACUGUGAUGGAGAAGAAGAGGAAGCAGAGUAGCGUGUGUGUGUGUGUGUGUGUGUAUGUUUGUGUGUGUGUGUGUGUGUGUGUGUGUGUGUGUGUGUGUGUGUGUGUGUGUGUGUGUGUGUGUGCGUCUAUCUGUCUGUCUGUCUGUCUGUCUGUCUGUCUGUCUGUCUGUCUGUCGUUUGUGGAGAAGCUGUGUCAUGGGCAAAUGCACUUUUUCACUAUUUAUUGACAACUGCCAUUCUUUAUCAUACUCAUCUUUGUUCCGACCAUUUUUUAAGAACAUACUUCAUAGUUGUCAAGAGAAAGGAUACACGUGCAAAGAUGCAAAAUGUACCAAUGAUGCAGGCGAGGGUUGUUUCUGAUUGUUGUUCUUAAAACACAUGCACGUCUUCAUCUCUGUGAUAAUUCAAUGAGUAAUGACGCUUACCGAAUCGCCAAUGUUGAGAUGAGAGUUUUAUUGUGUAUUUACAAUAUUCAAUAUAUAGACACCAUGUGACACCUCUUCACGUUGUCUGAGAAAAUCUGAACCUGUUACACGUUGUGAUUCAUGUCUAUUACACUGGUGUUUUUAAUUGUCUAUCAAUGUCAUAUGUCUAUCAAUGUGAUUUGUAAAUGUGCCCUUUUUGAAACAAAAUAGCACUUGGUGCAAAAAUACAAACGAGGCACACUUACACGCAAAUGCACAUUGAUUUUUAGGCGCACCACGUCCAUCUGUGUUUGACAGAUAUGCCUCUAGUUGUGUGGCUUCUGAGUGGAAUUGCUGAAGGAAGUGUGUGGCUUUACGAUGUGGUCAGGGGAAGAGGCGAAGAUAGAAGAGCUUCUCUGGGACUGUGUACUGUUAAUACCACAGAUGCUUCACAUACUAACCACACACGAUCACGCUAAAGGUGCAUUAAGUGCUUCCGACUUCCCAUAUACUUCUGAAAGACAAUCAAUUACUGAAUGUCGUGCCAUCUCUCCCCUCUGACUCUGACUCUGACCAAUCGUUUUCUUUUCAUUUGGAUCUUCCUUUAUCAGCUGAAACGUUAAUUCAAACUUGUUAUUAUAUUUCUGUUACUGGAUCUAUCAGUGAAUGGAAUACCCUUCUCUCUGCUCUCUUUUUCAACUCUGCCCCUCUGUCUUAUAAAUGGAAAAGUGUUACAGCACAGUUAUUGUACACUGUUUCAUUUAUCUUUUUUUCCUGUCGUAAUCAGACCUAUGACUAUGGCUCUCUGCUUUU